AUGGAUCAGCCUUGGUCGCAGGAUGCCACCAAUAUUGGGACGUGGGGUGCUCGGAACUUCGAAGGGAGAGGAGUUGGGGUCCUGGUGGAAUGGCAGAACAAGGGCUUUCAUUCCUUUGGAUGGCUUUCUCCCAUUCACCUUCCGCAAGAGAGGAAUAUCCGCAGCAGUCUCCAUGGUGGUGACAUCUAUGUUCACUGCAACGACAUCAAGGAGCCUCGCUUGGGUGGCAUCUUCACCUUUGUCUUGUACAAUGAUCGGCAGGGCUUUGGUGCACAGGACUGCGAAGCGCGGUCAGUCAUCAGGUUUGCCAUCCCUACAACGUCCAUGAGCAGUUUGCGAUUGCCUGCCGGAGAGGAGAGACCUGCCAAGAGCCACUUGCGCCAGUCACUCUUCUACCCGCAGAUGGAGGAGCAGGGCAUUACUUUGAGGAGGUAUCUCUGGGAGGACUCAUUGCAGAUAUUGGAGCUCUGGGGCCAUCCGGAGGCCAUCAUCACAGCUGCUGAUGAUCUGAAUCUGUUGCAGACGGAAGUGGAGGUGCUUUUGUCUCCCCAGAUGGCCAGAAGGCGCCUUGCUGAUCGAAGAUAUCUCAUAGGGCCGCUCUCCAAUGCAGGGUGA